GAUUUUGAUUCGUUGAUUUUCAUUGGCUAAAGAUCAGCAACGGUUUUCAUAAAUAUUCAGGGUAUAUAGUUUUCUAGUGAGUUUAGCCAAAGUCGUACUGAGUCUUCAGUUGCAGAAGAGCAGUAUAACAAGCAUGAUGUUGAAGUUAGCUAUCGUAUUCUGCAUCAUAUUUGGAUGUACCUAUGCUAAGAGUCCCGCCGAUCAUUUUGUCAGUAUAACAGCGUCAAUACUGGGAAAAAGCGAUAAUGAUUUCAAAAAUGACUUAGAUUCGUGUGCUGAAAUGGAUUAUCCAUCCCAAGAAGACAUUUCUUCUGGAACUGGCAUGAUAAAAUGCAUUCUUGAUGUUGUAAAUGACCUUUGUCCUGAAGACACAUGUACUCCAGGAACGAGAGUUUCACUCGUUUUUAUUGGCUGGUAUAAGGUGGAAGAGAAGAAGGAAUGUGUAGAUCUUGACGAGGAUGCAGCUUACGAUCCUUCUUGUCAUAUUAGAAUAAAGGUGAGAUUUGCUUCUGAAAUUUUGGACUAUUUUGAUCAGCUUUUUUGGUAUCUGUAUGAUCGAGAGGUCACAGAGAUGACAGGAUGCAGCGAAGAAAAAGAACGAUCAUUGCAGUCACCAGUAUCACAGAGAAAGAAAAAGAAUUUGAGGACCCGUGGAGAUCCAUCCACACCACCCCCGCCACCCCCACCACCCCCACCUCCAGAUAUGCUGCUGAACAAAAAAGCAGCGAGGGAUGCCGGGAAAAUUAAUGAAGCUUUCAUGAAAUCUAGAGAUUCCGGAAUAUUUUUAAACUUGAAAAGAAAACUCAGAAGAUUCAACAGUAAUUGACAUGCAUUAUGGGACAAAAAUUCCUUACAACCAAUGGACCGAAAAUUGACUUCGAUCAUGAUGUAUUAAAUGUGCAUGCUCAUUUAUAUUUUUUAAUAAAAAUCAAAGGAUAAACAUAAUAAGUAUCAAUUUUUCAUGCUGAAUAAAAGAAGGGGGG